UGGGCGGCGUGAUCUCGCCGCGGUUCCGCGGCCCUGCCGCCGCCGCCACCGCCGCCGCCGCCAGCGGAGCUCACCGGGCUGGCCGGGCGAGGGGCCAUGGCGGGCGCCGAAGACGGGCCGGGCCAGCAGCCAGAGCUCGAAGACGAUGAGGCGGUGUCCUGCCGGCGCUGGGGCGCGCAGCACGCCGGGGCCCGCGAGCUGGCCGCGCUCUACUCCCCAGGCAAGCGCUUCCAGGAGUGGUGCUGCGUGGUUCUGUGCUUCAGCCUCAUCGCCCACAACGUGGUCCACCUCCUGCUGUUGGCCCGCUGGGAGCAAACACCCCUCGUGAUGCUGGGCGUGGUGGCAGGGGCUCUCCUUGCUGACUUCCUGUCCGGCCUGGUGCACUGGGGAGCCGACACCUGGGGUUCCGUGGAGCUGCCCAUCGUGGGGAAGGCUUUCAUCCGGCCAUUCCGGGAGCAUCACAUCGACCCAACAGCCAUCACCCGGCACGACUUCAUCGAGACCAACGGGGACAACUGCCUGCUGACGCUGCUGCCACUGUUAAACAUGGCCUACAAGUUCCGCACCCGGAGCCCAGCAGCCCUGGAGCAGCUGUACCCCUGGGAGUGCUUCGUCUUCUGCCUGAUCAUCUUUAGCACCUUCACCAACCAGAUCCACAAGUGGUCGCACACGUACUUCGGGCUGCCACGCUGGGUCAUCUUCCUGCAGGACUGGCACAUCAUCCUGCCCCGCAAACACCAUCGCAUCCACCACGUCUCCCCCCACGAGACCUACUUCUGCAUCACCACAGGCUGGCUCAACUACCCUCUGGAGAGGAUGGGCUUCUGGCGACGCCUGGAGGACAUUAUCCAGGCCCUGACAGGCGAGAAGCCUCGGGCAGAUGACAUGAAAUGGGCGCAGAAGAUCAAAUAACUCCUCCAGGCACCACCUUGUUGCCAACCUUCCCCAGCUCCCCCAAACUGAAGCCAUCUGCCAAAUUCCAGCCGCCUCACGCUGGCCACUCCAGGUGGAGAGGACACCUCCUGGGCUGGGCCCGGGCACCUCUAGCCCACCCCCCCCACUUGUGACACAAUACUUGAGCCACUGGGUUUUUUCAUUUCCUUCAUUUUUUUUCCCCUUGGCCCCUCCCUAGCCCCCUGAGCUGCUCUGUCUGCCAAGCCUGACUGCAAAAAAAAAAAAGAGCCCCACCCUUUCAGCCAUCCCUUGGGUUCAGGACAAGCUCACCAACUCCCCACACACCCACCACCCCCUGCCCCACUGGGCAGCCCUUCAGCGUGGCUGGUAUCGGAGCACUGAGUCAUCUUACCUGUUGCUGUCUGUCUGCCCGCAGGGCUCUAGGAGCCCCCAGGCACAGCUGAGUGUCCCUGGACCGUCACCCCGCUAUGGCCCUGCAGACUUGACUCCAAAGGCCUCGGUGAACAGCCUGCCCAGUCACCACCUUCAGCCUAGCUUGUCCACCCAAGGGCGGCAAAGUGCAGCAAGGGUCUGGGGGCAGCUGGCCAGAUGAAGCCGAAAUUUCCUGAUCGAGUGGACUCUGUGCUCCCCAACCCUUCCCCCAUCUGCCUGUGUGAUUCCACCCAGAGCUGACGUUUCUAAUUGGAGGAUGUUUUCGAAGGGCACAGCCCCUGCAAAGGGUCUUGGUCAUUGGAAAGGGACACUGUGUCUCCUCUGACUUGAGGGUAUGUCAGAGAAGGAAGAGUGGGGCUUUUUGUUUCGGUUAUUUUUUUUUUUUUUAACGGUGCUUGCUUGUUUAAUGUAAAUAAUAGAAAGCCUUAAUAUCUUUUCUGUAACACGGAGUAAUAUUUUAAUGUCAUGUUUUGGAUGUACAUAAUAUAUUUAUAACAAAGCAGCAAGAGUCUACUUAACCUGGGCUGCCUCCUGUUUCCUGAUUGGCUGGGGGAGGGGAAGUAAGGAGGCUGGAGGGUGAGGCCCCACCUGCCCCUAUUCCCAGCUUCACCCACAGCCCUCUGCUAAGAUGGAGGCUUUGUCCCCCAAGACAGUGAAUCGGUGUUGAUAUCUGCUCCAGACCCUUUUGGAAGGGGGCCCCAUGAUUCCGUGAGGAAUUUUCAUGUCAGAGAUCAUGGGGGUAGAGACAUGGAGGCAGAACCCUACUGAGGAAUCCCUUCUGCAAAGGUUUACUGGCGCCAAGUGUGGAAAUGAGCCAACAAGGACCUCCCUGGUCGAGUCGACUUCCUGGGGAGAGACAAUAAACAUACAUAAAUGCA